UUAAGUAAAAAUUAAUAAUUUCCCUGAAUAAAAUCAAAUAAAUAAAUAAAUAAUAAAUUGAAAGUAAAUAUAAUAAAAUAAUGGCGAGGAAGCUUUGAACAGUGCUGUCUUGUCUCCUCAUCACCUGUCUCAGCGUUCUUUCUUUCUUUCUCUCUCUCUCUCUCCUCCUCUUUUGUUGGCUGACAUUCAAUUACAGCUUCAGCUCGUUUUGAGGAGAGAGGAAGGAAAGAGUGAGUUAUAGGCGGAAAGAGGUCUAAAACGACCAUGGAUCCGGCGACGUUGAGCAAGGAGAAGAGCGUCGGAUCCGAGAACGGUUCGGAGCAGAGUUUUGGAAGUUGUGGUAGCGAAGAGAAGAAUCUGUUUGAGUAUUUCGGGUGUGUUUUUCACCUAGGUGUGAAUUCGAUCGGCCAUGAGUAUUGCCAUGCCCGCUUCUUGCUCAUCAGAGGCAAGUACGUUGAGAUGUACAAGAGGGACCCCCAUGAAAACCCCGGCAUUAAACCUAUCAGGAAGGGUGUUGUUGGGCCUACUCUUAUGGUGGAGGAGGUAGGGCGUCGAAAGGUCCGAGGGGAUAAGGAUGUAUAUGUCUUGCGUUUUUAUAAUCGCUUAGAUGAGGAGAAGAAAGGCGAGAUUGCUUGUUCUACAGCUGGAGAUGCUCGAAAGUGGAUGGAAGCAUUUGAUCAUGCCAAGCAACAGGCUGAGUAUGAGCUAUCUGAAGGAGGCAGUUCCAGAAACAAACUGAACAUGGAUAAUGAGAUCAAUCUGGAAGGACAUCGACCUAGAGUUAGGCGGUAUGCACAUGGAUUGAAAAAGCUGAUAAGAAUCGGGCAAGGUCCAGAUGCACUUUUGCGUCAGUCCUCACACUUGGCUGCUAGUGCUGGGACAGAUGGAUUCUUUGACAGGGAGGUCGGUGACGUGAUCGAGGCACAUGAAUGGAAAUGUGUUCGAACAGUUAAUGGUGUAAGAAUUUUUGAAGAUGUUGCUGUCUCCCAGAAUGAGAAAAAUGUUCUUGUGAAGUCUGCUGCUGUUUUAGAUGCUAGUGCAGACACUGCUUUUGAAGUGAUUUUAAACCUUGACCGACACCAGAGAUAUGAGUGGGAUAUGCUGACAGGAGAUUUGGAGCUGAUCGAUUCUUUUGAUGGACACAUUGAUGUUGUGUAUGGAACAUAUGAUCCGAAAUAUCUGACACGGUGGCAUUCUAAAAGAGACUUUGUUUUCUCUAGGCAAUGGUUUCGUGGACAAGAUGGAACAUAUACAAUCUUACAAGUACCUGCUGUAAAUAAGAAGAAGCCUCCCAAAUCUGGAUAUCGUCGCACAAAAAUUAAUCCAUCAACUUGGGAGAUUAGAGACUUGAACACAUCAAUGGGUUCAAAUGCUCCUAAAUGUCUUGUGACUCAAAUGUUAGAGAUACCUUCAGCUGGCUGGUUCAAAUGGAAGAAAAGUCACUUCUCAAAGUUUGAAAAAAGUGUGCCUUAUGCAUUACUAGGCCAAUUGGCAGGUCUUAAGGAAUAUAUUAGUGCAAAUCCUGCUGUCAAAUAUGAAUCAACCACUACAGUUGUCCACUCUAAAUUCACCCAAGUGUCUAUUUCAAACGGAGAAAAUGGACAUGAAGAGGAGACACAAGCACAUGAAGAAUUCUAUGACGCAAUUGCAGGAGACUCAUCAUCAUCAUCAGAAGAAGAAAGUGAUGAUGAUGAAGAAGUUGACCAUAAGGAUGGAAAUGUGAAACUGAGGAAUGUUUCAUGGGCCAUUACAAGCUUAACUAAAAAGCGAGCUUCAGCUACAAAGAAGGAAUUAGAUACAAAUGCAACUUUUACUGAAAUUGAUCCAAACCAAUUCAAUGGCUCCUUGCAUAAGGAAAAGGACGAAAAAGACACAAAUUGUUGGACUUCACCAAGUGGGAUGGGAUUUAUGAUUAGAGGAAAGAGUUACCUAAAAGACAAUACCAAGAUAAUGGGAGGAGAACCCCUUCUCAAGCUCCUUGCAGUUGAUUGGUUCAAAGUUGACAAAAGUGUAGAUCGAAUUGCAUUGCAUCCCAAGUGUCUUGUUCAGUCAGAAGCUGGGAAGAAGCUUCCGUUUAUACUUGUCAUCAAUCUCCAGGUCCCUGCAAAACCAAACUACAGUCUGGUGCUUUACUAUGCUGCUGAUAGGCCUCUGAAUAAAAAUUCCUUGUUGGCUAAAUUCGUGGAUGGUAGUGACAUGUUCCGCGAUGCAAGAUUUAAACUGAUUCCAAGUAUUGUAGAGGGAUAUUGGAUGGUCAAGCGUGCUGUAGGAACAAAAGCUUGCUUACUGGGGAAAGCAGUCACUUGCAAAUAUUUUAAACAAGACAAUUUUAUGGAGAUUGAUGUAGACAUUGGAUCAUCAUCAGUUGCAAGAGGUGUCAUUGGCCUUGUCUUGGGAUAUGUCACAAGCUUGGUGGUUGACCUGGCAAUUUUGAUAGAGGCAAAAGAAGAGGAAGAGUUGCCCGAAUACAUUCUUGGAACUGUUCGGCUAAACCGGAUUAAGCCCGAGUCUGCUGUACAUUUGGACGUUUGAGGUUUCAUCAUUGUUGUAAUCAUCAUCAUCAUCAUUAUUAUGAUAAAAUUCAAUUGGUACGGUUUCUCCAUUAUUUUCAACUAUCUGUUGUAAAGUAUUAAUAAUUAGUGAGCCAGGACAUGCAAUAAUAGUUUAAUAAUUUAUCGGUUUAUCUUUAGUUGAAAUGUCAUAAAUUAUUGCUGCUAUGAUUGCUUGUCAUAAAGGUUUAGUGGGUUGAUCUAAACCUUUGAUUGACUUAGAAAGAAGUUGGAUUUGGCAAGUCUCCAUGAUUGUUGGACAUGAGUCACAUGACCAACUAACUAUUAAGGAUAUGACCUUGAUCCAAUUCUCCUGAUGAGGCCUGUGUUUGGUUGUUGAAAUUAUGUGUAUGAAAUUUCAUUUCCCCCCCUUUCAUGUGUCUAUUUCUAGGGGAAGAUUUUUAUAAAUUUUGUACAAGGCCAAAUAUUUCUAUGUACAUAGCAUUGUUUCCUUUCUCUACAUCCAAAUUCAGCUCCAUUGUAAUCUUAAACAAGUUUCUUGUAGCUUAUCUUGUAAACAUGGUUUCAUAAUGUAUGCAGAUAUAUCAAUUAAUUAUAUUC